AUGGACAAGUACUCCACCGAGGCCAUCCUGGGCAGCCAUUCCUUCGACAAGCUCGACAGUAUCCUCCGAGUUGAGGGGCUCUCGAAUGGCAGCCACGCGGGGGAACGCAUUGUGGACGCCUCGAGAAUCUCAAGGGAGCAUCCCAAGCUGGCACGGCUGCUCAGCCAGACCUGGGGAGUGGCGCUCGAAGACCUUGCCAGUUUCUCAUAUCCUUACAAGUGAGCGUGUGGGAAUUGAAGGACGGCCCCAUGUUACGGUGCGCGUAUGCGUGUGCGCGUGUCUGUGUCUUCAUAGGUAUGAUCCGAAUGAAGACAGUGUUCUCGGCUACCUGCGGGGAGUUUCGAAAAUUCCAGACGCGACACACAUCGGCGUGACCCGGCCAGGCCACACAGAGCCGCGGGCCAACCCCAACAAGCGUGCCGAUGUCGAGACACUCCUCUCCAAGUAACUCCACACGAGAUAGAUUCAUCUUCUCUCCUGUCCGGUGCCGUGAGGAACGCUUCUUUUUUCUUCCUAUAUAAUGCAGCAUUGGUUCUGAUCUCACGGUCAAUUUCCCUCCCGUCCGCCCCUCAGUGGCCCGGCGGGCCAUCCCGACAAAGCUGGUCCGCAAUGUCGCCACCGCCGACUUCGACACCGACUUCGACGUCAGCCCGUCCACCAAGGCGUCCAGUCCCUCUCGCCGCUCCGUGCGAGCCAGCCAAUCGCGGCCAAACAAAUCCAGUGGGGGGCACGAUGGCGCCGAUCCUGAUGAAGACCAGGGCCAUGGUGGACCACCAGAAGAACCACAAGAGGAUGAAGAGAAUGACACGCUGGGGGAAACAGGGGGCUCGGGACACACGAGGCAGAAGGAGAAGAAAGUGGAGAAGGCGCCUCCACCACCGCCGGCGAGCAGCGUGAAUUUCAAGGGCUGCUGUCACGACUUCCCCGGAGUGUUAAACGAGUGUGCCCGCGAGGUCGAGGACUCGGAGCUGCCCUUCGUGCCGUUUUUAUCGGAGGAUAUCGCCAACACCAUCCGGACUGAGUGUCGGCUGCUGGGUGAGCUGAGGUGGAAGGGCAGUACCCAGCAGAUAGAGGCCAGGAAGCAGAACGCCAUCCACCCCAACCUCUUCAGCCGAUUUGUCAUCCUCAAGAAGCACCUGAUGUGGGCAGGCAGGCAAAGACAGAGGGGGGAGACAGACAGAGAUGCGUCCGUCCGUCCGUUGUGUGGUCUGGUCUGGUGCAGGACCAACUCUUGCGUCAGUCCGGUGUACUUUAUUCGGCUGGGCAGUGUGCACCCCGAGCGGCAAGUCAAGCUUGCGGUGGGCCAACACGUGUGCCUGCGGCUCUACGGGUCAUGGAAUCGAUGGGCACAGAGGCUCUACACCCCCAUCUACGCACAUGGGAGGUACGCAUGCAUUGCAUGGUUGAUCAGUAUCUAGAGACGCAGGCAGCGUCUGCAUGCUUUUCGCGCGUCACUUCUGAAUGAAUGGUCAGCACGAUCGAGCUGUUGGUCAAGAUUCAGCCUGAGGGCGAGGUCACUCCCCGAAUGGAGCUGCUCCAGCCGGGCGACUCCGUCCAACUCAGAGGUACGUGCAAUCAGUCCUCCCUGUGCGCCUCCAUAGCAUUUGCCGCGACUGUGAUUCAGGUCCGCUGGGUGUGGAUAUCUUGCCUCUCGUCCAUAGCGGCACCGACCCUGCGGCAUCGGCCAUCACGCCACGCCCCGACCGGCCACUCAGGGCACGGAGCCCAUUCAGACCGUGGAGACAAUUUGUCAUGGUGGGCAUGGCAUGCACGAGACAGCGUGGAACGGCUUGCAGAAAACGGUCUUUUGCCGUCUGUCUUGUGCAGGUGUGUGCGGGAACGGGCAUCACGCCAAUGGUGCAGCUGCUGCAGUAUGUUCUCAUCCACUGGAACCUCCCCAAGCGCGACCGCCCCUCGGUCAUCCGCCGUCUGCCACGGGAGGACCACCCCAGCGGCCUCGAGAAGGCCUUCGAGCGCAUGAUCCUGAGCGACCCGAUGCCGCGAGCAUGCCCUGUCAAGGAUGUCUCCCGUGAGGAUGGCGAGCUCCCCGUGUUCCACGAGCAGGCGAGCGGCGAGCAGUAUGACGAGUGCAUCGAGGACACCCCGAUGCAGUCGUGCUCCUGGGAUGCGGCCGAUUUGGGUUACCACACGUCGAUUGUGCUGUUGACGGUGAACGACACUGAGGAGGAUGUGAUACUGCGAAAGGAAUUCACCGCGCUGGAGCACCUCUAUCGGUAAGGAAAGAGGCCAAUCCCGCACCGCUAAGAAAGACACAGAGAGUCAUGCUCAUUGUCCUGCUGGUUGGCUGUCCAUUCUUGGUUCCUGCCUGCCUAUCUAUCUAUAGGACGCUGUGCGUGAGGCACUACGUGUCGUACGUCAAGAAGGAGGCCAAAGCGGCGCGGCCGUCGUCAAAGCCCCACACCCCCAUGCCCGAGGAGCGAGUGGAGGCGCGUAUGCAGCAGAUGAACGACUACCAGUACCAGCCACUGAGCAGCAAAGUCAUGGAGGAGACCGUUCAGCUGCUCACCGCCAGGUCCGGGCAGCCGGGCGUCACCGAUCCCAAUCUCGACAGGUGACUAAGAGAGCAGGAAGGAUUGCAUAAAACGGCUCGCAGAGGCCGUUUUGUUGUCUGCACAGGAUGUUUAUCUGCGGCCCCAAGAGUUUCCAGAACUACGCUCUGCAGGUGCUGGGCACUUGUGGGGCCACCGUCAACCCAGAGUGCGUGUGGAUGCUCUAGUCAAUGAAUGGUUGAUGCGAACAUUGCUAUGCCAGUGUUGCCAAACACAUGGCUGGCCCCCCGGGACAGCAUAGCCUUUGUUGUUGUUAGUCUCUCUCUCUGUCCGCGUCUUUUGCUUGUCACUUCACACAAGAAGAGACAGCUGUACACCCGGGCUGUCUCCUCGUUGCCCCAUCUGCCGGCAGUUUGGCGAGCCAAGCGAUUGUAUGGUGGUGUGGUGGCCACAGUCACUGCGGACUCUAGCACAUCGAUCUUUUGCCCAUACACAACACACAUACGCGACAAGCGAGUGUGACAGAGGGACGGCGGGGCUGUUUUUUUAUGCAUUCGUUGUGUCGCCCGCCUUUUUUGGCGGUCAUCUUUGCGAGUGACGCGUCGAAGCCGCGGCGACGGAAGGAUGGGCACGUUGUAUGGGCAGCCCAACCACUGUCUGCGUACUAGUGUGUGUG